UUGCUGGAUGAGUUUGAUUUAAUUAUUUGGAACUAAACUAAUCAAAUUGCAAUGGAUGCUUAUUGCUUAGUACUAUUUCCGUGUUGUAUAUUGACAUCUUUGCAGACUCAAACACAAUACAAGGAAUUCCAGAGCAAGGCAUACAUCACCACCAAGAUGGUAGAAUGUCCUCUGAACAUUUCUGGAACCCAAACUUGCAAACAUCAGGAUGUUUGACUAGAUGGAGCAAGUAAUGUUUUUUGUGAGAGCAACGACAGAUCAAACUUGUCUCUCUUGAAAUUUAUAAUUUCGUUGACCACAAGGUUCUACCUAAUCCAUUUCUCCCCUGCAUCGGUUCUCCCCAGCUGUCCAAUCAUGCAUCAAGGUGGCAGAGAAACCGGUGCAACGCAUGCAUUUAUGAGUUGAACCCCCGAGUGAUGGUGGCAAACACUGUAGCUCAUGGACCAUGCUCGCUGCUUCCUUCCUUCCUUGAAAGCCACAUCAGUAGCUCCUCCUUCUAACCCCAUUAUAUUUAAUCUCCUUAGCUAGCUGGAUCGACAAAGACUAAAGAUACUUAGCUGGAUUGACCUCCUUAGUCUUUUCUAAUCCCCAACCACGCACAAUGAUUCCAAAAAGAAGUCCUCAUGCAAGGAGGUGGUGAUUGCUCUCAUGGCAACGCCACCCAACACCAUCAACUCUGUCCGCCGCAGCUGAAUGCGGCCACCUAACACGAGACUUGUAUUUGUGGUCGGAUCGGAAGUCGAUGUGAUAGAAUAAGUAAGCCUAAGUUUCAGUUUGAAGUUUAUAUGGAUGAGAUAACGUAAGGACAAAAUUAUACUUUCCUUCCUCUCUGCGUAUAUAAUGAAAACCAUCAAAUUAUUAUUAUUAUUAUUAUUAUUAUACUAUAUAGGAAAAGACAAGGAAAUAUUAAUAAAAAUAACAAUUUAACGAAAGAUACAUUAGGGAAAAAGAAAAAAAAAACAUAAAGGAAAAUAAAUGACAGUGAUACAUAAAAAUUGCAAUUUGUGGACAGCCGACAGAGAUGCACGCUCUCCAUGAUAUAAAAUAAUAGUUCUGAGGACCAAAUGACUAAAAUGGUUUGAGAUUAAACAAAGACAAAGUGGUGACACUUACUUAGUAUUAUUAAAUGGUAUUUGUUUGGAAGUACACACAUCCUUAGUUGUGGAAUUACAAAAUUGUUUUUUUUUUAAGAAUGGCUUAAAAUGUUCUUAUCAAUUUUCACUUAUUUUCAUUAUGCAAAUGACAUAAAAAAAUAAUAAUAAUAUAUUUUUUUUCUUAGAAAAGCAUUAGGAAGAGGAGUGUGAUGGGAAACCCUAAGGCUAUUAUGGUCAUUUCAUGAAAAGAGUAUCCAUUAGAAAGUUACAGCCCAAUACCCAGGUGAGACAGUGAAGCUGGAAGCUGUACUCCUCUCUCUCUCUCCCCCCUGUUAUUUCUUGCUCUGCCUCCACGCUCUCUCUCUCUCUCUGUCUCUCUCUGUGUCGAGGUUCUGUUUGGGUCAGUCCACAUCUCUCUGCGGCGAUUUUGUAGCAGUUUAGCUCCAUUUUCCGCCUGCUUAUGAUCCGCCCGAAGGCUCUUAAGUUCAUCCAACGCGCGCGGAAAUUCGUCGAGAGUGCUUGAAGAUUAAGUUGUGGAUUUGUGCUUAACUUGCAAUUUGAGCCUCAUGAUGAUUCAAAUAUUAAAUCUCAGUGCUGAUCCCUGUGGACUACACUAACUAUCUGCCAUCUGCCUUCCGAGAUCUAUUGUCAUUUGAAGCCUGAUGGGUUCCAGAUUCCCAUCACACCAGCUCAGCAAUGGCCUCUAUGUAUCAGGCCGACCUGAGCAACCCAAGGAGAAACCUCCAACAAUUUGCUCCACAGCCAUGCCAUAUACAGGUGGAGAUAUUAAAAAGUCUGGAGAAAUUGGGAAGAUGUUUGAACUUCAUGUGGAAAAGUCUAGAAAAUCUGGUCCCCUUGCUAAUGCCCCUUCACGAAAUCGAUCGUUUGGUGGUGCUGCUUCCAACUCGGGGCCCAUUAUGCCUAAUGCCUCUGGUCAGUCUAGCUAUCCUGGUUCUCUUUCUUAUGCAGCUCCAGGUUCUGGUUCUUCACUAGUCACUGGCGGUUCCGGUAGACAGAAAUCCAACUCUGGGCCACUUAAACAUGGAGAUUCAGUUAAGAAGUCAUCUGGGCCUCAAUCUGGAGGUGUCACCCAAAUGGCUCGCCAAAAUUCUGGCCCUCUGCUUCCCACUACAGGUCUCAUCACUUCUGGUCCAAUUUCCUCUGGGCCGCUUAAUUCAUCUGGCGCCCCCCGGAAACUAUCAGGACCUCUGGAAUCCACUAAAUCGAUGAAGUUACAUAAUGCCUCCAUUGUUCAUAACCAAGCCGUCACUAAUCUCGGCCAAGAGAAUGAUCAGUUGUUCAAGGGGAGCUUUCCUAAGCCCAUCCUUUGGUCUGUGAUUUUGUUGUUUGUGAUGGGUUUUAUUGCAGGUGGCUUUAUUCUUGGUGCUGUUCACAAUCCCAUUCUUCUUCUUCUUGUUGUAACUAUACUUGGAGUUGUUGUCAUGCUUUCCUUUUGGAAUACUUGUUUUGGAAGAAGAGCAAUCAUAGGAUUCAUUGCCCAAUAUCCUGAUGCUGAUUUGAGAACUGCAAAAGAUGGGCAAUAUGUCAAGGUCUCCGGGGUUGUUACAUGUGGGAAUUUUCCUCUAGAGUCAUCAUACCAUAAGGUUCCAAGAUGUGUGUACACAUCUACUGGCCUAUAUGAAUACAGGGGCUGGAACUCGAAGACUGCCAAUCCCCAGCAUCGACGUUUUACUUGGGGAUUAAGAACAGUGGAGAGGCAUGUGGUUGACUUUUAUAUAUCUGAUUUUCAAUCUGGAUUAAGAGCUCUGGUCAAAGCUGGUUAUGGUUCUAAGGUGACCCCAUAUGUUGAUGAGUCCCUCAUUGUCGACAUCAACCCAAACAACAAGGACUUGUCUCCUGAAUUUCUCAGGUGGUUGCAAGAGAGGAGCCUUUCUAGUGACGACCGCGAGAUGCGCCUGAAAGAAGGUUAUGUCAAAGAGGGCAGCACUGUAAGUGUAAUGGGGGUUGUUCGAAAGAACGACAAUGUCUUGAUGAUAGUUCCUCCGUCUGAGCCCAUUUCUACAGGAUGCCAGUGGGCAAAGUGCAUAGCUCCAGCGAACCUCAACGGAAUAGUCUUACGAUGUGAAGACACUUCAAAUGUUGACGUCAUACCGGUGUGACGGACAAGUUUAAUGUCCAAAUAUUUGCUGUUACUUAUGCCCUCUCUGGAAUUUGCAUGUUUGGUUUUUAGCUUCAGUAUUACUUGGAAGAGAUUGUGAUCUAUCAAUUUAAAGAGGUGGCUUGGUAUCUUGAGUCUGUAUAGCUUUGUGUUCCCCCCUUUUUGUUAAUUUAGAAUGGAUAAUUUUGUAAGAAAGAUGGUGUAAAGGAUUACUAUGAUGAUGUUUGAAGAGAAACUUGACAAA